GUGCAAGGGGCUUUCGCUCUUAUGACUGGAUACCACACAACACUACGCUGCUUACUACCUAGCUGGACAGUGGACACUCUAUUCAGAAUCCAUACCCAUCUCCAUCCCCAUCUCCAGAUCCAUCGCCUUAAAGAAUGACGACAACAAAUUCGUAUUGAUUGGUCUUCAGAAUUCUCCUUUUACAGUUGCAGUUACAACCAACUUUAUGCCAUCAAUUCCAAUUUGUUAUCUACUUCACCUACGAGACAGGAACUAACUAUCGUUAAAAUCGCCAAUAAAAAAUUUAACUGAAAAAGCUAACCCACGCACGAAAUCCACCUGUCAGUCCUGAUUCGAGAUUGACCAUUUCAUAUCUUAAUUGUUUAUUCCGAUAUCAACCACCCUCCUCUCUACUUAAACCUAUCACUUCACCCACCCGAAUCGCAUGUAUGUCUGAUAGGAAUCACCAGACAUCCUCCAACACACAGGAAUUAAAAUCAGUAACCGCAUUACAAAACAACUCGUGGAAGACUUCGAAUCCCAUAUCUGGAAAUUCUUCAAGGGUGUCCUCUCGCAGUCCUGCCGUUCGCACUAACGACCACGCACAUAAAACACAAGAUAGAGAAGUGUCGCCAGUGAGUCCAUUGUCCGAAGAACAAGAAGAUUCCGAUUUAGAAUCCGACGACGAUAUGGAAGGAAGAAGACCUCCAUUGCAUCGUCCUACAGACGGCCGUUCACAUCAACCUUUAUUACACAAAAAUGAUGAUCCCGAGAGGGGGAGGUUAGGAUACAAUGCUUCCCAAGAUGCACCCGAACGUCCUGCAUUUUCGAGACGGUCUACCAUGCGAAGUCGUAGUCCGGAUACUCAAGCAAAAUUGGACACGAAAAAGAAAUACACAUAUGCAGCCUUCUUUUUGGGCUUGAGUUUGAUAAGUUUCGUUAUACAAACCGAAACUGCUGUGUAUAUACAACAUCAAUUAGGGUGGAAUAAAGCAUAUUGCAUGUUAUACUUUACUCACGGAUCAUGGUCAUUAUUAUGGCCUACUCAACUUUUAAUCUUGCGAUUACAAAAAUGGAAAAUGCCGUGGAAGACAUUCUGGAGAAGACACGUAUAUCUCAUUCGAACAACCGCACAAAUGGUAGAAUCAGGACAACUAGACGUCCCACGAGGCCAACGAUCCCCAAUUCCGUAUAUGCUCAGAAUGACCGCAUUCGUUACAUGCGCUCUCACAGUUGCUGGUGGAUCAUGGUAUGUGGCAGUGAAUCUAACAUCGCCAUCUGAUCUCACGGCGAUAUACAAUUGUUCGGCUUUUUUCGCAUAUGCAUUCAGCGUUCCCCUUUUAAAAGAACCUCUCAGAUGGGAUAAAUCUUUUGCGGUUAUGGUUGCGAUUGUUGGAGUUUUGAUCGUGGCAUAUGGAGAUUCUACGCCCACGAAACAUGGAGGAAAAUCUGGAGGUUCAGUGGGUGGAAAGCCUGGUGAUGAAGAUGACGAGGCAUCAAAUAGAGUUUUGGGAAAUCUCGUUAUUGGAGUUGGCAGUGUUUUAUAUGGUUUCUAUGAAGUUUUGUAUAAAAAAUUGGCUUGCCCCCCAGAAGGAACAAGUCCCGGUCGCGGCAUGAUAUUCGCAAAUACAUUCGGCUCCCUAAUCGGUACAUUCACUCUUCUCGUUCUCUGGAUUCCUCUCCCAAUUCUUCAUCUCACUGGACUCGAAACCUUUGAACUUCCCCAUGGCGAAGCAGCCUGGAUGCUUGCCAUUUCCGUCCUCGCAAACGCGACUUUCUCUGGAAGUUUCUUGGUUUUAAUUAGUCUUACAAGUCCUGUUUUGAGCAGUGUCGCUGCCCUAUUAACAAUCUUCCUCGUGGCAAUUGUGGAUUGGGCAUUUACGGGGGUACCUCUGAGUCCGGCCGCUAUAGUUGGAGGAUUGUUGAUUAUUGUGGCAUUCUUAUUACUGAGUUACAGUACAUUUAGAGAAAUGCAAGAGGAUAGGAGGAAGAGAGAAGUGGAUCUGAGUGAGAACGAUUCGGAUAGUGAUAAAUUCGAUGAUUAGAUGGGCGUCCUUGGGCGGACCGGUGGUUUACAAGACGAUUGGCUUCUUUAUAUAGGAUAGGAUUGCAUUGCAUUUGGAUUGGGUAGAUCCAUUUGGGUUAUAGGAUUGUUUUGGGUACGUAACCCGGAUAUUGGGAAUAGCGUAUAGGCAUAGGCCAAUCGUAUGGCAACUUAGAGCUUGCAUCUAGAUGGCGCAGGCGUUUCUGGACAUCAUGUCGUACCUAUCAAUGGAGAAUUGAUGGGUUUUUGUUUCUGGUCAACUUAAUUUUCGCGACUUGUGUAUGAAAUAUUUAUUGUGCUGUGUAUGUGUGUAUAUUCAAAGUCAUAAAAAUCUCGCUGGCUGGAGACUUUGAAGCAAUUUUUCGGUGGGGGAAGGGAUAAAGGGGAAGUGAAUUCUCUUCUGGCUCUUGCUUUUUAAAACAGAAACGAGCAAAUGUGAAGUAAAAACAAAAUAAUACAACUCGAAUCCUAUUUCA